GGUAAUGUCUGAAACUAGGAUCCCGGGAAAAGCUGGGCUAGCGGAAGAACCUGAAGUGAUGAGAAUCAACGCACUGGGAACCUAAGCCCACAAUUACAAAUUUCAUUUUUUCUUUCGCCUGGAGGCUGUGAUGAAAGCUCUUGCUACACAAAAAUCUAUGUGGCACCCAGGGUAUUAUAUAAGCCCUUGACAGGAGGGGAGAUAGUCCGGUCUGUGCGCUUCAGCCGCCGCAGUCGCAGUAGCCACGGCGCAGCAGCGAGAGCCGCUCAGGUUGAUUUAGAACGCGGGUGACAGUGGCCUGGCGCGAGCCUACGGCUGACGACAGCGGCUGAUCCCACUCGGUUUCCAUGGAGACGGGCAGGAGCCGAGGCGGCGGCGCGGCUGUCAGCGAGCGCGGCGGCGCGCGCGCGGGGGUCUGCAGGAGGCAGGAGCAGGCCGGGGCCCUCGCUGCAGACAUGGACUCGCAUUGUGAGUGCGCCGCGGAGACGCCCGCCGCAGAGCCGCCGUCGGGGAAGAUCAAUAAGGCUGCGUUCAAGUUAUUCAAGAAGAGGAAAUCGGGGGGCACCAUGCCCAGCAUUUUUGGGGUCAAAAACAAAGGGGAUGGGAAGAGCUCGGGGCCGGCGGGGAUGGUGAGAAGCAGGACCCACGACGGACUAGCCGAGGUGCUGGUGCUGGAGGGCAGCAAGAAGGAGGAGCCGCCUGGCGGGAGCGAUCACAGCGGGGCCCGACCGAUCCCCGGACCCCCCAAAGCCUCCGGGCCUGGCCUGGGCUCCCUGGCCAGCAGCUCGGUGGCCAAGUCCCACAGCUUCUUCUCCCUGCUGAAAAAGAACGGGCGAUCGGAGACCGGCAAGGGAGACCAUGCCGAGGCGAGCAAGGCUGGCGGCAAACAAAAGAGGGGGCUGAAAGGGAUCUUCAGCAGCAUGCGCUGGCACCGGAGGGACAAGCGCGGCAAGGAGGAGGAGGAGAAGGCGGCGCGCGCGGCGGGCCCGGGCAGCCUGGUCCUGCCCGGCUCGCUCACCGCCAGCCUGGAGUGCGUCAAGGAGGAGCCGCCCCGAACCGCGCGUCGCCCGGACAGCCCGGGCCAGGACGCCCCGCGACACGCAGCAGGUGAGCCCGCAGGGGGAGAGCAGGCGCCCGCGUCCGCCGAGCGCGCCCCGGAGCGGACCUGCCUCGAGGCCUCGAGCCCCACCGGCCCUGGCGAUCAAAGCUCCCGGGGAGAGGACGCCGAGGGGCAUCGGCGCGCGGAGAAGCCCGGGGCAGCCCUCGAGUCGGGAGCCGGUGAGGUCCAGGCGGCCGAGGAUGCGUCCAGGACAGGUGACGUUCCGAUAAAGACCGUCCCCCUUGUCGACUCCGAAGGUGGCAGCGGCCGGGCGUCUGCUGUCCCUGACCCUUCCUCUGUUGAUCCACCCUCAGACCCGUCGGCAGAUCGUAUUUGUUUGAUGUUUUCUGACGUGACUUCACUGAAAAGCUUUGACUCUCUUACAGGCUGUGGAGAUAUUAUUGCAGACCCAGAAGAAGAGGCAGGCCCCAGCUGUGACAAGCAUGCCCCCGGGCCAGGCAAGCCAGUUCUCUCUAAAAAGAACCCCAGCGUGGUGGCCUACCAAGGAGGAGGGGAGGAGAUGGCCAGCCCAGAUGAGGUGGACGACACCUAUCUCCCGGAAUUCUGGGACAUGUUGUCCCAGACUGAGGACCAAGGGCAAGGAACCCAGGAGGGCGCCGCGAAGGCAGCCACUGCUUCGGACACCAAGUUGGCCCCUGAGACUUCCAAUGAUGCCCGGUGUGGGGAAGCAGCCAAGGACGUGUCCUUGGUCAAGCGCAGGAGGCUCCACAGGAUUCCCAUUGAGUCCCAGCAGAAGGAGGAGCCCAAACACCCGGAGAAGGAGCAUCAAGAAGGUGUCCCUAACAGCGAUGAGGGCUACUGGGACUCCACCACUCCUGGCCCAGAAGAAGUGAGCGUCAGCAACAGCAGCAGCAGCAAGAAGGUGGUCAUCCCCAGGGAUAGCAACAGUGGUGAUGUUCUCUGUGAUCUCUACGUUGAACCUGAAGCAAGCCCAGCCGCCCUUCCUGCCACAGAGGACCCACCCUGCUUGUCCCGGUUAAAGCCGGUGUCUCCAGGCACCAUCACCUGUCCUUUGAGAACACCCGGCAGCUUGCUGAAGGACUCUAAAAUCCCUAUUAGCAUCAAGCAUCUCUCCAACCUUCCGUCCAGCCAUCCGGUGGUGCACCAGCAACCAGCCAGGAGUGAGGUGCCCAGAACAAAAAUCCCUGUUUCCAAAGUGCUGGUCCGCAGGGUCAGCAACCGGGGCUUGGCUGGAACCACCAUCAGGGCAGCAGCAUGCCAUGACAGUGCCAAAAAGUUGUGAGGUCCCCAAGGCCAAGGAGGAUGGAUGGGCCAUAUGUUAAGGAAUACAACUUUCCCCUGGAAACCACUGAAGGAAAUUCGCUUUCUCCAAAGCAAAUCAUUUAGGACCCACCCUUCUCCAUAUGGCCUAGAAGUCUUUGUUGGAGACAGGGGGCAGGACACCCUGGAAGGGGGAUGUUACACCUGGAGUUCAGAUAAGUUUCUGAGAAUUCUUUUCUAGCACUUUCCUUUUUCUUUUAACCUUUUCAAAAGAUCUGGGCUUUUUGUCUCCUUCUCCUCCCCCUCUUCUUCCACUUCCUGCUCCUCCUCCUCCUCCUAUUUCCUUAUUUCAUGGAUCACUCAGAAGUCACCUUUCCUUGCCUUUGCAGAAAAUAAGAUUUAACCAAAUCUAACAACAACAACAACAACAAAAGUCACACCAGGAUAUCAGGCUGUUCUAGAGUCAAAAGGGCCUUGAGGAAUCAGUAAACAGCAGAAUUCUUGCCUUUCUUUCCAGGAAAGAAAAAAAAAAAAAAGACCUUCACUUUAUCACUGUGUGGAAAUCACCUCAAAGCUAAAGAUGCAUGUAGCUGUGUGACUAGACAAGGGGGCUGCUGACUGGCAGGAAGUGCCCCAGCUGCCAGUUAUGCAAAUAGCGAGAGCUCUGUGUCUAGGAAGAAAACAGAGAGGUUUAGUAUGGCUGACUCAGAUCAUUUGUCUGAGGAGAAAUAAAAGGCUCACGAGUAGUUUAUGUGGUUUUUUUGUUUGUGUAUUUUUUUUUAAUCCACUCCUCCCUCUUGGUGCAAAGUUCAGGAUCAGGGAAAGAUCUCAGUAAAUGCUGAUUACACUGUAUUUUGUCGUUUGUAAACAUCAACCUUCUUAUGUAUAACUAAUGCAUAUUUUACGGUUUAUCUCGCACCUAACAUUCUUCAACCCCUUCAUUGUAUAGGAUUUAAAGUCUGGUCUUACAGCUGAAUUUAAUGACAAGACAAGCCAUUGAGGUUCUUUAUGUACUAUAGCCUGAGGCAGUGCUGCUUUUGAUUUAUUAGGGUCCUUUGCACACACACACCCACACCCACACACCCACACACACAGACACACACAUACACAGACACACAGACACACACAGACACACACACACACACCACACACACAUAUAUAUGUGUGUGUGAUAUAUGUGUGUGUGUAUGUAUGUAUAAUUGAUGCCCUUGAACAGUAGUUUUCCUGGCCUUGGUUAAGAGUCUGCAUGUCAACACAAACCAGAAAUUUUACCUGGUUUAUAAAAUGUUGGAUCCAACCAUUUCCCCAAAGAUAUGUCCAAAAUGUUCAAUAUAGAAAGUACAAGUUUAAAACUAUUCUUUUGACAUUUGCUAUAUAAACCUCUGCCUGAGACAGGUGUGUUGGCCAUAAGACACUGCAAACCUAAGUACGUAAACAUGCUACUAAAUUACUCUUUGAGAAGGGGUUUGAUUGGAUACAUGCUUUCUAGUGUUUCAGCUGACACUCUGAAGCCUUGGCAGCCUGAACCACACAGCGAACAGGUUCCUAGGAUGCUCUUAGGAUCUGCUGAUUAAACUGAUAUCCUUCUGUGGAUGCACUUCAGGGCAUUUAACUCCAAGGGCCAGAGCUUCUACCAGAGGUACUGUGGCUCGCCAGGAGAUGGCACAGAUCCCAGUGACCCGGCAUGUGUGUGAAUGAUAGAAGCAUAGUGUGAUUCGGGUUCUAGAGAGAUGACUAAGAAAUGGUCUGCUAUUUUGUGUUUUAAGAUUUUAGUUAUAUUUUGUAAAAGAAAAAAAAGAAGCUAAAUAUAUGAAAACUUAUUUUAAUAGUAUGAGGGAAGCGAAGAUAAGUGGCCAUCAAGGAAAACUUGACAAGGCAUAGAAGAGCCUAUUCCUACUUCUGAUUUGUAGUGAUUCGGGGAGCUUAGAAGAGAGGGGGGCAGAAGUCUGCUGCAUACCUUAGUCAGACUGUUGGCUUUCAUCGUAUUGUCUCAGGUCCGUGCUGUUAUCUCAAAGCAAUGCUUUAUUUUUUAAUUUCCCUGUGUCUACAGAUGAGACCCCCCCUGCCCCAUGUACUCACCACCCUAAGCUCUAGACUCCUGAUCAGAAACCAUACAAGCAUCUCAACCAUGCUCAGGAAUCCAUCCGCACAAAAACUAACAGACAAAAAACAUCUCAAAAUAGCUGAGAUCUGACAAUACUUUGACAUUUAUUUCUGCCCUUGAGGAAAGACUUUAAAUUUGAUUAAUAUUGAUAGAAAUAUUUAGACCCAAAUUGCAUUUGUUUCUCCUAGAACUGGAGAGAAUAUAAAUUUUACUCCUAGCAGGAAAACAAAGGGGCUUUUUUUUGUCUUAUGCUUUUCCCUGUAAAGAUUCUAUUUACCUUUGCACAGCUCCAUGGCGGGGUGCUGUUUGCUCUCCUUCAGUGUAGGAAAGGUAAUGUAUGAAGAACGGGACCAGACACUGUCAGAGUAAUGAUAGCAGCUGCUUACUAAAGCACCAGGAGCUACUCUUCCAAGCGCUCCCAGCUUGGGGGUUUAUCUAUGCAUUCACCCUUCCUCCAUCCUCUCUUUGUAAGUGAAGGAAAAUUUAGCAAGAUUUGCCUUCACUUCCGCUGGCAGUUGAUCACUUGCAAAAGACCUAAAAUGUUUGAUUUAUACUUCUCACCACACUCUUUUCCCCUCUGACUUUUUUUUUUCUCCUUUACCCAGUACGUUUAAGAACAGCAGCCAUGCCAGCCGAGUAGAGGACUUGGCAAAGAAUUAAAUGUCCCUAGCCAUUAUCAGGCGGGAUGGUGGUCAGCCUUCCCCGAACACAGAAAGGGGAUCAGAGUUGCUCUCACGUGCCAAGGAUUACUUUACCUUAUCUGUGUUUCUAGACUUACACUCAACUGUUUAUGAAUGUGUUAUUGGAUACUGGAUAGCCUUCUGAGGAUUGGAUGGGCUCCUUCACUUUUUUUUUGAGAAAGAUCAGACAUGAGCAAAUGAUGCAUUCUUGGUUUGUACAGUCCUAAGGUCCACUGAGUUGGCACUCUUUGGGCAAAGAACUGCCUAAAAUGAGAGCACAGAAAGUCAAAUCAAUUGUUGGGCAGAAAUUUGUCAGUUUAAUGGCUCUGCAUAAGACAACCUGUCUUUAAAAUCUAACACACACACACACACACACACACACACACACACACACACACACACACAACGUAAAGCCAAUUUAGUCCUGCUUUACCUCUACUGGCAAUGAAGACCCUUACUCUUCUCUGUCGGGGACUGGAAGACAUUUCUGUUUACCAUAGCAUCUCAAAUCAUCACAAGAGAAAAUAAAUACUUAUCACUUCAUGUAAUAACAAUAGAAUAAAGUAACAAUAGAAUAAAGAUCAACAGGGCUUCCUUGAGAUGUAUUUUGCACAAAAGUUAGUCUGCUGAGAGACAUGCAAAUUAUGUUCAGUGUUUAACCUGUGCAGAUGAGUCUAGCCCAGCUAGAAGGGCUCCCUCACUCAACUCAGUCAUUCUGAUUCCUUGAGAUCAAUAUGCAGAGAGCCCUUUGCUGAUCCAAUUGUCAAGGUCAAAAGGCCCUAUCAGGCGUUAAGAUUUCUCUGACCAAACUUUCUGGAGUUUUCCUUGUUUCCGUCUCUCUAUUUGGGGAAGCUAUUCACUGAGCAUUCCUUGAAGGUUGACUUGUGUGGCUUUAUCUCUCCCAUUUUGUUCAUCCUCGUUGCUUGCUGCCCUAGGACAGUGAGAGUACGACCCUCCUCACGUGGUUGGCCUUCUGGACCGUGUUAGCAGGUUUUGCUCCUUCCUUGCUUUCUAUCAUUAUGUCUGCCUUGCUUUGGGAAUGUGAGGACUUGACUCACUGUGCUUGGCCUCUACUGAGACAUCUUAAACAGUCUCCCAUGUUUUGCUUCCCUCAUGAGUGCUUAAAAAUUAACCCAAGAAUUUCUAGCUGCCCUUCACCAGCAGGACCAGUUAGAAGGCUCUGCAUAAGAAACCUCAAAUACCACGCUAACCUUGGUCCCUCCCUUCCCAGCCGCUAAGAAAGGACCCAGUUAUUUGUGUAAACUCAGCCUUAGAAAUUUCCCAUUUAUUACACAAAAAUUUUUAUGGACCAGAAUGGGACGAGCAAGGUCUCAGCAGGGUGUCUCUUAGAUGCUGCUGUGUGGCAGAAGAAAGAUGCUCAGGAACACCUCAGGGCGCUAGUGUGACCGCAGAGUGGUCAUUGACUGUGUCAUCUGGCCCUGCUCUCGAGACUUUUAGUGGCUGUCAGUUCUAGAGUGAGUAUCUGGGGCCUUCUACUCAGGUGAUGUUCAAAGGACAUAGUGUGUUGCCACAAUAACCACUUAGAAGGGAAGUAAUUGCUCCACCCGCAGACAGAGGAAGCCUUCAAAAGGUGGUUUUUGGAAUUGAACUAGGAGGAGGAGUUCUUUUUUGAACUAAAACAGGGAAGAUUAGAGUGUCACAAAGCCUCCAGCUGACGGGCAUCAGCUUUUAUGAUAUUGAUUUGAAUCCAAUGCAGCCCGUAUCUCCAGGACAUGUACUGUAUCCAAUACUUAAUAAAAAAAUAAGGGCAAUUGGGGGCUUACAUGUUGCCGUGUUGUUAUUGGAUUUUCUCAAUAAUCAUUAAAAGCCAUCUCACCUUCGUAUGUUUUGCAUUUGUAUGUAUUGCUUAAAGUUUGUAUGAUGGAGCAGAAUGGAGGUCAAUCAAGCCGCAUAAAUGCUUCUAAAAUUCCUGUGUGGCUAUGCUUCCGGGAGCUCGACUGAGAGUCACUCCACCCUGCGAAGCGGAAUAAUCUCCCUGGUAGGACUUUAAUUCAGACUUUGUGUUUCUCCUUCAGUGCAGACUCCCUCUCUGUAUCUCCUUCUUUCCCUAGUCUCUGGGGCGGGGGUAUGAACUGUCUAACGCCCUGUGGUAGCGGAAGAGCUAAGAGCUGCUGAAGACAUUGACCUCCCUUCGCUUCUAACAGACAAAGCCAACUCACAUCCAAACCGGUGACCUUACCUUUUGUGUCACACACAGAGACACCUGCAGCUCCCUGGUCCUCGGUGGUCCAUAGGCAAACAGUUGGUUUCCUUCUCUUUGGAGCACCCUCUCCUUCUAGGGAUUACAUGGAAAGUACAGACAGAAGUCUCUUUUGUUGCCAUGGCAACACUCCUUCCCCGAUAGGAUUUUGGCCAUUCCAGGCACGCUUCUCUUAAGGUGUUUUCCUACCUUAAGCCUAGACUUGCCUUGUUCUGAGUAUUCUGGGUUUAUCUUCAUUGUAGUAGGAAAUUCAGCAUGAAGUGUGUCCUCUUUGAUUUUCACGUGUACAACACAGUACAUGUGACUCCACAUACACUGCUUAUAGCUUAUGCUUAGAGUCCAUGCAUCCUGGAGUAAUGGACACUUUAUUGCUCACGGAUCAGCAACUCCUCAUGUCCCCUUUCCAGCCCCUGACAACUAGCAUUCUGCUCUCUGAUUCUAGGAGUUGGACUGGUUUACAUACCUCAAAACAAUGGGGUCUGGUAGGUUUUGUGCUUUUGUGACUUGCUCAUUUCACUGAGCACAACAUCUCCAGGGCCAACAUCCACCCUGUCAUAUAUUUAAGAGUUCUCCCUUUCUAGAAGCUGGAUCCAAUGGGCAGCAGGUAUACUCAUUGUUUGUCUAGUCACCUUUCAACAGAUACAGUACUGUGUCUUGGCUACUGUGAAUAAUUCCCCAGUGUAGACGAGGAUGGGAAAUAUCUUUUCAAGACUCAACCCUCAAGCUUUUAGAUAAUAUCCAGAAGUGAACUUGCUGGGCCAUACAGUAAUUUCAUUUUUAAACCUGUGCUGACCAUUUAUACUGUUUCCCACAGCCAUUCUACACUCCUAACUUCCGUUCACAAGGGCCCAGUUUCCCCACCAUCACCUUUUGUCUGUUGUCCACUUAAAUGGGGAGCAGAUGAGUCAUCCUUUGCCCCGGUCCAACUCUGAAUUCCAGAUGCAAGUACCUUCCAUUGUAAGGCAUUCAUCCUGCUUCCUCAGUGGCCCUGGAAUCUUGAUCUACAUCUUCCAAUUUAUUAAUUCACUCAACUGAUAUUUAUUGAGCACAUACUAUGAUUUUUAUGGUUACUUCUACCACCUUCCAGAGGCCGUUUCCUGGAGCGUUAGACACGAUGCUCCUUACCUGGUUUUACCAUGUCAUCUGGUUUGUUUUGGCUACAUUUUCCAGAGAAAGAAACUGGUCUUUGAGAAGGUUGAAGGUCUUGGGGCCUGAACCUUGCUUUGAGUAACAGGGGCAGCCUUGAACCUGACUCCACAGCGUAGGCUUUAAUUGGAGGCCCUUUUCCAGCCCAUACUCCCCUUUUGGAUUGCUUGUUUUAGUUAAGAACCCCAUUGAAAUUCUCAACUAUGAGAAUCUGACUCCAUUUCUAUGACGGUGGAUGUCAUUUAAAUGAUAAUCUCAAUUAAAACUGAACUUGGUUUUUAAAUAGCCACCAAUAGCCUUCAUUUAAAAAAAAUAAUAAAGCCUACAUUACAACUCUAAAGGGUUGAUCCAGGGGCAAGCAAGCUUUUUCCUAUCUAGGCCAGUUAAGAUCUGGGGUCAUAGCCUCCAGUUAUUUAGAUUGGACUUAUGGACUAUACACUCUUAUCUCUGUUUUGCCAAUAAUAUAGCCAGAAAAGCCAUUUCAGUGGGGAAUCCAUUAGGCUUCGACCUCGUUUCCUUUCUCUCUGAUCCCAGUGAGAUGCCUUUCUCAGUAUUUAGGGAAAAUGAGUUUGAAAUUACAUCAAUAUCACAACUAACAAGAUUAUUUUACCUACACAUGUUACCUACCGCUAGUCAACCUUUCCUCACCUCAGUGUAACGAGAAACAGUGGGGGGAUCAACACCUGUGCUUACUCUGUUGAAUCAUGAGCUGGGAGGAGUUAGGAGGGGUAUUUAAUAAUUAACACUCUCCUCUAAAAUACAGAACACACAUUUCUAAUGCAGCCUCAGCUCCUGGUUCUUUGAGAUGCACUCAACAGUCUUGGACAUCUUCAAAUCUGAAUCAUUUAAUAAACUAAAGUAGAAAUGUUAGAAUGUAUGUGACCCAAGAGCACAGGGCGUGGCGGGUAAACACAGCAUCUAGCACGGGGGGCAUGAAGGGGACACAGCAUUAUCACGUGUGGACAAUUCUGGCACCUGUGGCAUUGCCCUGGUAGCUGGCUAGUUUUAAUGAAUGUUCUUAGCAGCCUAAUAAAUAACCACUGGAGAUUUUUUCUUGCUUCCAGAAUAAAUUUAGCAGAACUGAUUCGAUUGAUAGCAGUAGAGUAAGGAAGAAUAUCAGUGAAAAGUGUCUCUGACCGUAAAGCCCUGUGGGUUUCAUUUGUCAUCAGCAACCCACCAGCCCCCGGUGAACUUCAGAUUGCCUGUCUUGCAGCAUCUCAGUGUAAUAUAUAUAAAAAAAGAGCAGGUUGUUCAGCAGCAAUGACUUGGGUUUCCUUAAACCCAAGCAGAAACUCCACUUCUCUACUAGUCUUCCAGCCAGGAGAGCCUCUGAGAACAGGGCUUGGCUGCCUCACUUUUGUGCACAAGAGGAAACUCCUCAGUAACUGGUAGGUUUAUAGAUAUUAUUUUUAUAAUAGAAUGUUAAGCCCCUGAAAAAUAUCAAAAAACUAGUGUCCUAAAAUGAGCUCUAUGCUUUCCAAACCUACUUGGAAGAAGGGUUCUAAACACCAGUAGGGUCCUUUUUCCUUCGCUACUCCAAUGCUCUAAUGGGAUAGAUGAAUCAAUGUUUAUAUUUUUAAACCUGUAAAUAUUUUUAUUUUGAAGAUUUUGUAUAUUUGUUGAUACAAUUCCAUUUUGUGCAUAUGUACUACUGUGCAUGUUGCUGGUUUUGAUAGUCACUGUUUUAGCAAAUGUAAACAGGUUGGACUAAUGGGCGCUUUUCUGUCUCUCCAUCUUACAAUGAAAAUACAAUGUUGCCAUUUGAACUAUUGUGUUUAAAUUUGGUCAAUAAAUUCCGUUGCUCCUUUGCAAUUAAA